CUCUUUAUUCCAACACUAAAAAUAACCCUCUGCCCGAAAGAACUCUUCAAUUACAAAUACCAGGGGCAUUCGAGGCUGUGGCCCGCACUAAGUCCCAGGGCGCAGUAUCAAGCGAAACCGAAAAUCCGUCUGCUUAGCGGAGAGCUAGGGAAGCCACAACCAAACAAAGAGAUGCCGGCACGCUGUCACAGGGCGCGCGAAGAGCCCACGGAGCCAACUGGGCGCACGCGGGCCGGCGGGGAGGUGUGCUAUUGACUGAGCGCACCCCGCGUGCGUGGGCCUGGGGAGCGGGCGCGCGUGCGCGGCCACAAACACAUAUACACACACACACACCGGAGUGUAAGUGUUGGAACCGCUCUCGCGAUCCCUCACCCAGCCUGAAUUCAGCGAGAAUCAAAAACAGGUGUGCCCCCAGAGUAAGCCCCCGCCCCUAAUCUUGGGGACCCUCACUCCACUCCUCCAGCCCAGGGCGGGGACAAGGGACGGAAUAUGCACCAGGUGGAAGAGAGCCGAGCUUCGCUGCACUGGGUUUCGUUUUGCGGCGCGCCUUUGUGAUGCUGCUGAGAAAAGAAAGGAGGAAGGGCCAGGGAGAACGGCGGAGAGGCUGGGCUGCCAAGGGUGGCCGCUCCGGCGUCUCCCUCGGCUGUGCUGGGCCAAACCCGCUCCCAGAUUCCCGGCCUGCUAGCCACUCACAAUCCCGGGCUUCCCCGCCGCCGCCUUGCCCAGGCGCCUUCCUGGGGAACCCCACCAGCCGCUGCAUGCGGAGCGAGGGAAUCCUGGCAAACUCCCUCCGCGCGCAGGGGGCGUCCGAACCCCCUGCCUGGGCGAGCGCCCUCACCGCAGCGCAGACUCGGAUGGACACGCCGAUCCCAGCAGGGAGCUCUUGGAGCAGGCGUGGAAUCCCAGGGACACCCCCUGUGCGCCCAUCACACAUACACACACACACACGCACAGCCCGUGGGAGGACCAGACCGCCAGCGACAGCCCGCCGCGCUGCCCGGGCGCUCAAGCCGCCGCUACUCACUAGCGAGUCUGUCCGUCUGUCUGCCUGGCUGAGUGGAGCGGCUGGAGGGGGUACUGAGCUACGGGAAUAGUUGGAAGCCGCGUAGGGAGGCAGCCUCGGUCCAGCUGGAGAGAAAUCAGUGAAUGAGACUGCGACUCCGGCUGAACUCUUCCCCCCACCCCUCGCCUGUCACCCGAGCCUCUCCUCCGCUCCAAACAGACACACGCGCACGGAGACGCGCCCGGAGAGGAGCAGCCGAGGGCGCAGGCGCGAGGGCAGUCACCCAGCCCAGCCCUUCCGCAGCCAGCCACGCCGCUGCCCUUCACCUGCGCGGCUGCGAGGGCCGAGGAACGCUGAAGCCCUGAGGGAGCCGGUCUCUAGAAAAGUCAGCGACUGAGGCUGACAGCCCACUCUGAAUAAAGAAAUCAUUUCUGAUCGUUCAUUCCGUGCCUUGGGCACCCACGGUGUCUCACUCACCAUAGUAGGUUCUGGGACCAAAGAUAAACAAGACAAGGUAUUUGGUCGGAGGAAACCUCCGGCUUGUGGGGGAAAUACUCACGUAAAUGACUUAAAACAACGUGGUACAUGCUGUGCAACCUGCUACCGGAGAAGCCAAUAUCCAUUAGCCUUCAUUUCCACGCAGCAGGAAGAGUAGAGGCACCGGGGCACGGUGCUGCCAGUCAACAGGUGGAUGAGCUGCCGGGAAAAUUGCAGGGAUGGGGCAGAGGAUCACACUGCAAGAGUGGCUGAGUAGGAAAGGACACUACGGGCUUCCUAAGUUGUGUAUUGUCAAUACCGUUGGAGCAGUGACAUUCUGACUUCCUCACCAGAGAGCUGGCUUUGACAAUAAUAGGUAGACAGAGGUGAGGCCACACUGCGUGGACAAAAGCAGGUUGGGAGGCAGUGUGAAAGCAAAAUGUGAUGAGGCAUUGGCAGGGGGCAUGGAGAGGAGGGAAGUGGGCAGCUGAUGCAAUCUGCAAGAGGAGAAAACAGGUCAAGGUAGGAUGACUCCCAAGUUUCUAGCACCAAGUUGGGUGACUAGGUGCCUGAUAGCCAAUAAAAGAACAGGGAAAGAAACAUGUUUGAGGGGAAAGAUGGUUCUCAUCUAGAUGUGUUGAGUUUGAAAUGUUUGGGGGACAUCCAGUGUACAUGCCCCAUAAGCCAUUGGGACACACAGGAGGUUUGGACUAGAAAUAUUGAUCUGUAGUCAUCAGCCCGAAGGCGGCAUGAGAAAGGCUGAGAUGAACAGGGAAGAUCAUCCAAACUGUGGAGAGACCUUGGGAGAGAGGGAGCAGCUAAAGGAAGGAGACUGGAAGCAAGGGUCAGAGAGGUAUGGGAUGAAUCAGAAAAGCCAAAAGAGCAGACAGCUGUAAGAAGGAAAGGGUCAAAUGCGCACAGGCUGCAGGGAAGACAAACAGGAU